AUGAAUCAGCUUUCACAUAUAGAAAUACUGCCACAUAAUUGUUGUAAUUUAUAUGGAAUUACUCAAGAUCCUUCAACAUUAGAAUAUAUGCUUGUAGAACCCAUGUCUUUAUGUGACAGAUGUCUCUCUAAAUUAUUAGAAAGUGAGUUUUCCAACUGGACUAGCGGAAACUUACAAAUUGACAAAUUCAUUCAAGAUACACAACAAUUUAUUAGCAAAGGCGGGUUUGGUGCUGUAUAUUCUGCAAAGUGGGAUAAAGGUGUAAAAUGUUUUUCCGCGAUAGAUGGAGUCAAAUAUUAUACUCGAUCUGAGCCUUGUGCUGUUGCUCUAAAGCAAUUAAAAGGCGAAAAAGACUCAGUUCAUCUUUUUCUUAAAGAG